CGCUUGGGUGUUUUUGCCCCUCUCUUGGCGUUGAACGCGGUAGUGGCUAUCCGGAGUGCCAGGCCUGGGGUUCUCGGUGUCCUUCCCCGGGUCACGGGCGAGGAGGCGACUUGACUUCUGGGCGCCGAGCCCGGGCGCGCGUGCAAGCGGCUGCCGUCCCCGCUGCAGGUUCGCGUCCCGCUUUGCUCCUUGCGCAGCUCGGCUCGCGGCCGCCGGGACGGCCCGAGAUUGACGGCCCCGGGACAGGGUUGACCGUCGCGGCUGCGGGAGCAGAGGUGAAGCUGAGGCCCGGGGAGAGGCGACAGCGGCGAGAGCACCCGGGGAGAGGAGGAGGAGAGAAGAUGGCGUCGGAGAUGGAGCCCGAGGUGCAGGCCAUCGACCGCAGUUUGCUGGAAUGUUCUGCUGAGGAGAUCGCAGGGAAAUGGCUGCAAGCAACCGACCUCACCAGAGAAGUAUACCAGCAUUUAGCCCACUGUGUGCCCAAAAUCUACUGCCGGGGUCCCAACCCUUUUCCUCAGAAAGAAGACACACUGGCACAGCACAUCUUGUUGGGACCAAUGGAGUGGUACAUCUGCGGUGAAGACCCUGCACUGGGCUUUCCAAAGCUGGAGCAGGCAAACAAGCCUUCUCACCUCUGUGGCCGAGUGUUUAAAGUAGGGGAACCUACGUACUCCUGCAGAGACUGUGCAGUGGACCCCACCUGUGUUUUAUGCAUGGAGUGCUUCCUGGGAAGUGUCCACAGAGACCAUCGAUACAGGAUGACCACAUCAGGAGGUGGAGGCUUCUGUGACUGUGGUGACACUGAAGCAUGGAAAGAGGGUCCUUACUGCCAAAAGCACAAGCUCAACAGUCCUGACGCUGUGGAGGAAGAGGAUCCUCUCGUGCAUCUAUCAGAAGACGUGAUAGCGAGAACUUACAACAUUUUUGCCAUUAUGUUUCGAUACGCAGUAGAUAUACUGACCUGGGAAAAAGAAAGUGAAUUGCCUGAUGACCUAGAGGUGGCAGAGAAGAGUGACACCUACUACUGCAUGCUGUUCAAUGAUGAGGUUCACACGUAUGAGCAAGUCAUUUACACGCUUCAGAAAGCUGUGAACUGUACACAGAAGGAAGCCAUUGGCUUCGCAACUACAGUCGAUCGAGAUGGGCGUAGGUCUGUCCGAUAUGGAGAUUUCCAGUACUGUGAUCAAGCAAAGACAGUCAUCGUGAGGAACACCAGCAGACAGACCAAGCCGCUCAAAGUUCAGGUUAUGCACUCCUCUGUGGCCGCUCAUCAGAAUUUUGGUUUGAAAGUUCUGUCUUGGCUGGGAAGUAUUAUUGGAUACUCAGACGGCCUCCGCCGGAUUUUGUGUCAAGUUGGAUUACAAGAAGGUCCAGAGGGCGAGAGCUCUUCCCUGGUUGACAGGCUGAUGCUCAACGACUCCAGACUGUGGAAAGGUGCCAGGAGCGUAUACCAUCAGUUGUUCAUGAGCAGCCUGCUCAUGGAUCUCAAGUAUAAGAAGCUGUUUGCUGUUCGAUUUGCAAAAAACUAUGAGCGUUUGCAGAGAGAUUAUGUGACAGAUGACCACGACAGAGAGUUUUCAGUCGCAGACCUCUCGGUUCAGAUAUUCACAGUUCCUUCACUUGCUCGAAUGCUCAUCACAGAAGAGAACCUGAUGACUGUUAUCAUUAAGGCCUUCAUGGACCAUUUGAAACACAGAGAUGCCCAGGGCAGAUUCCAGUUUGAACGCUACACUGCCCUCCAAGCCUUCAAGUUCAGGAGAGUCCAGAGCCUUAUCUUAGAUCUCAAGUAUGUGUUGAUUAGCAAACCAACGGAGUGGUCAGAUGAGCUGAGGCAGAAGUUCUUACAAGGCUUCGAUGCCUUCUUGGAAUUACUGAAGUGCAUGCAGGGGAUGGACCCGAUCACACGUCAGGUAGGACAGCACAUUGAAAUGGAGCCAGAAUGGGAAGCAGCCUUCACGCUGCAGAUGAAGCUGACCCACGUGAUUUCAAUGGUGCAGGAUUGGUGUGCUUUGGACGAAAAAGUAUUAAUUGAAGCUUACAAGAAGUGCCUGGCUGUGCUGAUGCAGUGUCAUGGCGGAUUUACUGACGGUGAACAACCAAUCACACUCAGUAUUUGUGGACACUCGGUGGAGACCAUCAGAUACUGUGUUUCCCAAGAAAAAGUUAGCAUUCACCUCCCAAUUUCUCGCUUGCUUGCAGGUUUGCAUGUGUUAUUAAGCAAAAGUGAAGUGGCAUAUAAAUUUCCAGAGCUCCUACCUCUAAGUGAACUGAGCCCACCCAUGUUGAUAGAGCAUCCUCUUAGAUGUCUUGUCUUAUGUGCCCAAGUACAUGCUGGGAUGUGGAGACGAAAUGGCUUCUCUCUAGUAAACCAGAUCUACUACUACCAUAAUGUGAAAUGCCGUCGAGAGAUGUUCGACAAGGACAUAGUGAUGCUUCAGACAGGUGUCUCCAUGAUGGACCCAAACCACUUCCUGAUGAUCAUGCUCAGCCGCUUUGAACUCUAUCAGAUCUUCAGCACACCUGACUACGGGAAGAGAUUCAGUUCUGAGGUUACCCAUAAGGAUGUCAUUCAGCAGAACAACACUCUGAUAGAAGAGAUGCUCUACCUCAUCAUCAUGCUUGUGGGAGAAAGAUUCAGCCCUGGGGUUGGACAGGUGGGCCCCACAGAUGAGAUCAGGCGGGAGGUCAUCCACCAGCUGAGCAUCAAGCCCAUGGCCCACAGCGAGCUGCUCAAGGCUCUACCUGAAGACGAGAACAAGGAGACCGGCAUGGAGAGCGUCAUCGAGACCGUAGCACAUUUCAAGAAACCUGGGCUGACAGGGCGAGGCAUGUACGAGCUGAAGCCAGAGUGUGCCAAAGAGUUCAGCCUGUACUUUUAUCAUUUCUCCAGGGCAGAGCAGUCCAAGGCAGAGGAAGCUCAGCGGAAAUUGAGAAGAGAAAAUAAAGAAGAUACAGCACUUCCUCCUCCGGCCUUGCCACCGUUCUGCCCUUUAUUUGCGAGUCUGGUUAACAUCUUGCAGUCUGAUGUCAUGCUGUACAUCAUGGGAACGAUACUGCAGUGGGCUGUAGAACAUCAUGGAUCUGCCUGGUCAGAGUCUAUGCUGCAAAGGGUGCUGCAUUUGAUCGGGAUGGCUCUCCAGGAAGAGAAGCACCAUUUGGAGAAUGCUGUGGAAGGGCACGUGCAGACGUUCACCUUCACUCAGAAGAUUUCGAAACCUGGCGAUGCACCAAAUAACUCCCCAAGCAUCCUAGCUAUGCUAGAGACCCUGCAGAAUGCUCCCUCCCUGGAAGUCCACAAAGACAUGAUUAGGUGGUUGCUAAAGAUGUUUAACACAAUUAAGAAGAUAAGAGAGAGUUCAUCCAGCAGCCCCGUGGCCGAGGCAGAAGGAACCAUACUGGAAGAGAGCUCAAGAGACAAAGACAAAGCGGAGAGGAAGAGGAAAGCGGAGAUCGCCAGACUGCGCCGAGAGAAGAUCAUGGCCCAGAUGUCUGAGAUGCAGCGGCACUUUAUUGAUGAGAACAGAGAGCUCUUCCAGCAGACUGUAGAGCUGGACGCCUCUGCCUCUGCCGCUCUUGACAGCAGCCCUCCGCUUUCAGACGCAGCCCUUACAGCAUUGGGCCCGGCACAGACGCAGGUCCCUGAACCAAGACAGUUUGUCACCUGUAUAUUAUGUCAAGAGGAGCAGGAGGUCACUGGGGAAAGCAGGGCAAUGGUCUUGGCAGCAUUUGUUCAGAGAUCAACUGUGCUGUCAAAGGACAGAACAAAGGUCAUCGAAGAUCCAGAAAAAUAUGAUCCAUUAUUCAUGCACCCUGAUCUGUCUUGUGGAACUCACACUGGCAGCUGUGGCCACGCUAUGCAUGCCCACUGUUGGCAAAGGUAUUUUGAUUCCGUUCAAGCUAAGGAGCAGCGCAGGCAGCAGCGACUGCGUUUGCACACUAGCUAUGACGUGGAGAAUGGAGAGUUCCUCUGCCCACUCUGUGAGUGUCUGAGCAACACCGUGAUCCCCCUGCUGCUUCCUCCAAGGACCGUUCUCAGCAGGAGGUUAAACUUUUCAGAGCAACCAGAUCUGACUCAGUGGACAAGAACAAUAACCCAGCAGAUCAACGUGACACAGAUGCUAAGGAAAGAAGACAGUGCUGCUGACACGCCUUCUUCAGAGGACACAGAAGACAUGAAUAUAAUACCGAUCCCAGAAGGCUUCAGGCCUGAUUUUUAUCCUAGGAACCCGUAUUCUGACAGCAUAAAAGAAAUGUUGACGACAUUUGGAACGGCUACUUACAAGGUGGGACUGAAGGUUCAUCCCAAUGAAGGUGACCCCCGUGUGCCCAUCAUGUGCUGGGGGACCUGUGCAUACACUAUACAGAGCAUAGAAAGAAUUCUGAGUGAUGAGGAGAAGCCUGUGUUUGGACCUCUGCCUUGUAGACUGGAUGACUGUCUCAGGUCGUUAACACGGUUUGCAGCAGCACACUGGACAGUGGCGUUACUUCCCGUGGUACAAGGACACUUCUGUAAACUCUUUGCAUCCUUGGUGCCUAAUGACAGCUAUGAGGACCUCCCGUGCAUAUUAGACAUCGACAUGUUUCAUUUACUGGUGGGCCUGGUGCUGGCUUUCCCAGCUCUGCAGUGUCAGGAUUUUUCAGGAAGCAGCCUGGCCACUGGAGACCUGCACAUCUUCCACCUGGUCACUAUGGCGCACAUUGUACAGAUGCUCCUCACCUCACGUACAGAAGAGAAUGGCAUGGAUCAAGAGAAUCCCACUGGGGAAGAAGAACUGGCCAUUCUCUCUUUGCACAAAACACUUCACCAGUAUACUGGAAGUGCCUUGGAAGAAGCCCCCUCCGGCUGGCACCUGUGGAGGAGCGUCCGGGCUGGCAUCAUGCCUUUCCUCAAAUGUUCUGCUUUGUUUUUCCACUAUUUAAAUGGAGUCCCUGCCCCACCAGACCUUCAAGUUUCUGGAACAAACCAUUUUGAGCACUUAUGUAACUACCUUUCCUUACCAACCAACCUCAUUCGCCUUUUUCAAGAAAACAGUGACAUCAUGAACUCUCUGAUUGAAAGUUGGUGCCAGAACAGUGAAGUGAAAAGGUAUCUGAGUGGUGAGAGAGGAGCAAUACGCUACCCGAGAGGAGCCAACAGACUGAUAGAGCUUCCAGAGGACUACAGCAGCCUCAUCAACCAGGCCUCCAACUUCUCGUGCCCCAAAUCAGGUGGUGACAAGAGCAGAGCCCCUACUCUGUGCCUCGUGUGUGGGAGUCUCCUCUGCUCUCAGAGUUACUGCUGCCAAGCAGAACUUGAGGGUGAGGACGUCGGAGCCUGCACAGCACACACCUACUCCUGCGGCUCCGGGGCUGGCAUCUUCCUGAGAGUGCGGGAAUGUCAGGUGCUAUUUUUAGCUGGCAAAACCAAAGGAUGUUUUUAUUCUCCUCCUUACCUUGAUGACUACGGGGAGACUGACCAGGGACUCAGACGGGGAAAUCCUUUACACUUAUGCCAAGAGCGGUUUCGAAAGAUCCAGAAGCUCUGGCAGCAACACAGUAUCACCGAGGAAAUUGGACACGCACAGGAAGCCAACCAGACCCUGGUCGGCAUCGACUGGCAGCACUUAUAAUUGCUCCUCUACCAAAAACUUGACCUGGAAUUUUGUGACACAGCUGGCUUUUCCAGAAAGACAAGGACAAAUAAGUUCGGCUGAAUCUAUUUUGAAAUAAAUUCUUUAUUUAAGCUUUUCUUCCCAGUUUUAUUUUUUUAGUCUGGCUCCAGGAACUGGUGCAAAUCAGCUUACGCCAGAUUUUAUUACUGUGUCCCUCAGCCGCUCCCUGGGCUGAGCGCCCUUCUAGACCAGAGUCUGGCUCCUGCGGGCUCGCCUGCUUCAGUUGCCAGUAGCCUGAGCCGUCCACGUCACUGAUGGUGUUGAACUUGCUGGCUGUCCAGCAGAGGCCAAAAGGAGCCCUGGGGCCUGUCAGGACGACACAGCCCACCUUGGUGCCCCGAGGCUGAGAUGCCAUUCACCUCGGAGACCGGACCUCAUCCCCAGAGCAAAGCAGUUGAAUUUGAAGACCAGAUUCUCUUCUCCCCAUGGCCUAGAGGGCUGGGGACUCUAACAGGAGAGCCUAGGGUGGAUCACAGCUGGCUUUUUUCAUGGCUAUAGAUGGUUGGUUUUCACUAUCUAUGUCAAGAUUUUUGGCCUUGAGAACAUUACUCAAUUAAAGGGCUUUUUGAAACGGAAAGGACCUCCUUGUUUUUCAGACUGUAGCCUUCUGCCCUGAGCGUGUGCACCCUCGAGCAGACUGAGCGGACGAGCGAGAGCUCAGCUGAGUGCAGUGCUCCAAGCCUGUCAUCCCAGCACUGGAACGCUUAGGAAGCACUAGGGGUUCAAGGCUAGCGUCAAACCUGUUACAGCCUCGGGGCCAGCCUGGGUAACUUGAGGAGGCCCGGUCUCAAACCAAACAAAUCCACUGGUGUUUGAGCUGCCCUGCCCUGCCCUGCCCCACAGUGGAUCAGCUGUGUUGCUGCUUGUCCGCUGGCUGGUUUAGGACAUUCCUCGGCCUGUGCGCACAAACGUCUGUCCUUUUUAGGUAUUUUUUUAAGAGGUGCCUUUCUAGAACUAUAGCCACUUGGUGCCGCAGUUGCGGCUCUGGCACGCCGCACACCUAUUUUCUCGUCUGACAGACGUGUGUAGAGAAGUCACAUAGACAUGGUGACAGCAGGUUCAGCAGAGGGAUGAACUCCAGUCUCCAGGAACAGAAAGGGGUUUGCUUUCAGCUUCUCUUACCAUCAAAGAACCUUUCACUCAGCCUUUCAAAUCGCAUCCACAAGUUCUGUUCCACUCAGCUGUAUCCUUGCCUCAGUAUCUCAGGAGGGUCAGAAAUCCAGACCAGAGGCUCAAAGAAAUGCAGAUAGCGCAGUCUCCAGGAUCACGUGAGGAGCUGCCUCGACUUCAAAGGGUGAACUUCAGUUAGCUCUUCAGCGUGCCACAGGCUCAGGAACUGAGAGGGUUUGCAACAGAAACCCAAUCUAGACUCUCCAUGGUUUCCCUCUCUCUAGCCUUCCCUUGACAUCGUCUGAAUGGGCUGUGGAUGGUGUAACUGACGCUUCUUUUGACCUUUGACACAUGCCGUUUCUUUAGAUUUUAAAUUCAGCUUCUGUUGACUCUUCACCUUCCAUUUGCCAGGCUUAAAUGUAGAAUUCUGGGGAUAUCUCUAGGCUGAGCCUAGGGCAGAGCACUUGCCUAUCGUGAGGGAGGGCCCAGGUUCAGCCCUGGUGCCAACCCAAAAGGAAAAAAAAAAUCAUGAGCACAGCUUGCUUCUUCUAAGCAGGCUGUAAACAUCUCCACUGGUCAUGCUUCCACUCUGAUGCCUGACUCCACGGGAGCCUGGGAUUAGCAGAGGGUGGCCCUGAGUCGUACUCCAGGGUCUGGGCAGUGAUGUCCCAGGGAACUGCAACCCUCACACUGUGGCAAUGUCCUGUUUGCUCCUCUCCUGCCGACACAUCUUACUUUUUUUGUUCCGCAUGUUUUUGUUGUAGAAAUGUUUAUAUAACAUGCUUUCCAUAUCAGGGAAAAUCAUAUGUUUAAUAAAUUGGCUAUAAUUUUAAUAACUGUGGACAAUUGUAAAAUUUGGAAUGUAUCAUAUGUAAAAAGUUUAAAGAUAUUCAAAUAAAUGCUUUAGGUGUUGACAUUG